AUGGUAUCCUCAUCUAGCGCGCCAGACCUCGCAGGGCUGGCAACCAGAAUCUACGACGAGCUUCUACCCCUCCAAAAAGAAGAUUCAUACAUUGUAUUCCAUCAGAAUGAUAUCUUCGAUCUCGAUAUCAUACCCAGUGAUCCGCAGGGCAAUCACGAUGUCAAUUUGGCGCUGAGGGUCUUGCAGAAGUUAACGGACGAGAAGCUGCUCAAGGUUGUCCAUGACCCGGGCAUGGGAUGGAAGGUCAGGACGCGGGAGGAGGCGUUGAAGUACCGUGGGCUCACGACUGAGGAAGACUUGGUCUACAGCUAUGUCGACGAAGCAGAAGACGAAGGAGCCUGGACGAAAAACAUCAAGAGCCGCUCCAAUCUUCACGAAGCUGUCAUCCAAGCCGCUCUCAAGAAACUCAAGAGCAGGAACCUGAUUUCGGAGAUGAAGUCUGUCGAGCACCCAGCGAGAAAGAUGUACAUUAAGAGCAACCUGUCUCCCAAUGAUCGAGCGACGGGUGGCCCUUGGUAUACGGAUGGAGAACUGGAUACCGUCUUCAUUGACACGAUCAUGAACACUCUGUUCGACUAUAUUCUGAAGAAGACUUUUUACUUCAGUAAAAGCUACGGUGGUCCCAUGAAGAAAGAGCCGAAGAAGGUGAUCAAGAAGAUGAGUCCAGAGGAGGCGAGGGCAAAGAGGGAUCAAGUACUUGGUGCUGAGAAGAGUGAGGAGGAGUUGGAUGAAAAGUCGAAGCGGAUGAAGUACUAUGAGAAGAAUUUGCCAAUGCCUGCUGGAUACCAAGCGUACCCGACCCUGGACGAGCUGACCGUAUGGAUCGAGGCACACAAAUUCUUCACGCAGACCUUGACGGCGAGUGAUCUCCAGCAGUUGCUCGAUGUUCUGGAGUUCGAUGACAAGAUCGAGAAGGUGUUCAUUGCGUCGGGGGGACUAGCAUACCGAGCUUUGAGAAAGAGCAUGCUCAAUGAGGAUGACAGAGGCAGCGUCUUGAACGAAGCUCCUUGUGGACGGUGCCCUGUCUUUGAUCUGUGUGAGGAGGGAGGACCAGUGGGACCCAGUAAUUGCGAAUACUUCAAUGAGUGGUUGCUUCUGUGA